GGGAAAGCUCUUCGUCCUCGUCCUAGCCCUCUUCUUCCUAGUGUCAACUGGUUCUAGGGUUUCUGUCUCUCUAAAUCAUGGCGGCCGAGGUGGAGUAUAGGUGCUUCGUCGGAGGGCUCGCUUGGGCCACCGACGAUCAUGCCCUGGAGAGGGCCUUUUCUCAGUUCGGUGAAGUCAUCGAAUCGAAGAUCAUCAAUGACCGUGAGACAGGCAGAUCCAGAGGGUUCGGAUUCGUGACCUUCAACAACGAGCAAUCGAUGAGGGACGCCAUCGAAGGAAUGAACGGCCAGGAGCUCGACGGCCGCAAUAUCACCGUCAACGAGGCGCAGUCCCGCGGAAGCGGCGGCGGUGGCGGCGGCCGUCGUGAAGGUGGCUACAACCGCGGUGGUGGAGGCUACGGUGGCGGUGGAUACGGAGGGAACGGUGGAUAUGGCGGAGGUGGCGGCGGCGGAUACGGUAGCGGGCGUGACCGUGGGUACGGGAACAGAGGAGGUUCCCGCUACUCCAGGGGAGGCGGCGCUGCCGAAGGAAACUGGAGGAGUUAGGGCUGAAGCUUUCUCAGAAUGAAGGGGGUGGGGGUAGAUUAGGGUUUAGUGGUAGUUUCAAGGGGGUUGGGGUGGGGGGUUGCUUAUGUUUGAUUGUGAUUGAAGUUUCUGUGUUUGGUUGCGCGUGGUUACUAUCCUUUUUUGACCGCUGGUUGUUCGCUGUGAGACCCUUAUGUAUUGAUUUCAUUUACAAAAGUUCGAUAAUAAAAGUUUAGGGUUUACAGAA